AUGUCAUCGUUAGAAAUGGAAUUAGUAAGUUGUCUUAACGACUCGGGGGAAUUUUUCACCAAUGAUGGUGACAAUGAGUUCUUUUCGAAGUCAAUGACUACUGGUAUGCCAGGUGAAGAAGGUGUAGAUGAAAAGGAGCAGAUGAGAAUCUUAAACGAUUUGUUCGGAACCCCUCGGAUCCCUAGUGCUGAGGGUCAUGAAUAUGAUGCUUUCAGAAGGGAUCAAGUGUCUUUUGACGUUCAGGGAGAUGAUUGUAAUCAAGAGACACAUUUGAGAAGCUCGAUAGAAGGUACAGCCCCCUGUGAGAAUACGCAAGAGUGUACCGAUGGCAAGCCGGUGUUGUCUCGUAGAAGAUCAAAUCCAUUUUACAGUCCUUCACGACAGAUAAUGGAUCUCGUCAAGAAGAAGAGGAAACCCCGGCCGUCUAAUUUGAAGAAGAGCCAAACUAGUGCUACGGUGAUGACUUUAAACCAGCUUUGCGGACGGUAUAAAGUAGAAGGUAAAACGGAUCGGUAA